UUGUUAUAAAUGGAGCUAAGUUUUUCUUAAGUAAUGCGAUAAAUCUGUUGACGUAAAUAUCACUCAAUUUAAUAACAAAACAAAAUACAAGUUAAUAAUUUAGCAGACAAAAAUUCAAUUUUGUUUUAAUUAUUUAAUUUAUAAAUAUAUCAUUUAUUUGGCAUAUAAUAUUGCUUAUCAAAAAUAAAAAGCCAAUAUUUAUUCUGUGAAACUUCGGUUCCAGGUUAUGAUAUUAUUGAUGUUUAUGUUUCAUAAAAUUAAAGUUUUGAGUAUCUAUGUUCAUCUUUGUUGAAGAUAAAUUCCUAGAGUGAAUGAAAUCGAACUAUUACGUUUUAAAGACAAUUUAUAUUGAAAAUAGUGAUGGCAUAUAGAUCUAUUGAUGAUAUUGGCAGUAGACAACUCCGAAAUAGAUUAAACCGUUUACGUGAAAAUUUAAAUGACUUAAAUGAAAAUAUUGAGCAAAUAAUUCCGGAUGAAGCUCGAAAUGAAAAUGAGAUGCUGAACGAUGGUCUUCAAGGCUGGAACAAUGAAAUUAUAUUUCCUGCUGUAUAUAUGGAUAAUCAAAAUGCUGACCCAAUAUUUCAUAGAGAAGAGAGAAUAGAAAUCUUGGAAGAUCAAUUUAAUGUCACUGACGAAAGUUCAAGCGAUGAGAGUGAUUAUCAACCGGAUAUAAACAAUGAUGGAAAUGAUAGUGAUGAUGAAGAUGAUAUUGAUAAUGAAAAUGAUAGGGAUGAUGAAGAUGAACCAGCUGGUGGAAAUGAUAAUCAAAAUCGAAGAAAUAAUUAUGACAUCAAUCAAAAUCAACCUCUUUUCGAUGGUGAUAGAAUAACUGUUGGGGACAGCAUGUUAACUAUUCUCUCUCUCCUGUUGAGUCAUAAUUUAUCUAUGGCUUGUAUUGAAGACAUCAUUAAAGCGAUUGAAUUGCACUGUUUGCCAAACGGACUGAAAAAAAUAGUUUAUUCAAGUUUAAGAAAUAUUUUCAACUUGAAGAAACCAAUCUCAUUAAACAUUAUUACUGCAAGUUUUGUAUUAGAGAACUUGUUAAUGAAAAUGACGAAUGUCCAUCGUGUGUCAAAAAAAAACUCAUACUUUGUACAGUUGCCAAUAAUCAGCCAAUUACAAGAAAUGUACAAAAGACAGGAUUUCUAUGAGAGACUGCAAUUUAGAUUUCAAAGACCAAUUCCUCUUCCUGGUACCAUUACGGACAUUUAUGAUGGAGAACUAUACAGAGAAUGGUUUAACAACGGUUUCUUAUCUAACCCUAACAACAUAUCCUUCAGCUGGUAUACCGAUGGUAUACCCGUUUACAAAUCGUCGCAUAUAAGUAUAUGGCCAUUUUAUCUUACAAUUAAUGAGCUACCAUUUAAUGAACGAAAGAAAGAGAGAAUACAUUGCUCUUAGGUUAUUGGUUCGAUGAUAAGAAGCCAUAUAUGAAUAAUUUUAUACACAAGUUCCGAGAAGAGUUACAGCGUGUUGCUGAAGGUGUAGAAAUUUAUCUUCCUAACAACAUCCAAAUAAAUGUAAGAGGUAUAGUACUUAUGGGUGUUUGCGAUCAGCCGGCAAAAGUGAUUGUUUGAAUUUUUGUCCUGUAUAAUGCUGAUUUUGGUUGUACAUCUUGUUUAAUACAAGGCCAAACAUUGUGUACAGAUGCAGGUGGUCAUGUUCACGUUUAUCCGUAUGAACCUCAGACACAAUUAAGAACCUCGGUGCAAACAAUACAACAUGCAAAUUUCACAACACCAGACCAGUCUGUAAUGGGAGUUAAAGGGAAUUCUGCACUAUUGUUAAUUAUGCCUGAUUUUAUUCGAGGCAUUGCAAUAGAUCGUAUGCAUUGCUGCGAUGGUGGUGUAAUUAAAAAAAUUCUGACUCUGUUGUUUGAUGCUUCGUACAGCGAUAAAGUCUUUUCAUUACGAGCAGUCAUGAACCAAAUAGACAACCGAUUGAUAGGUAUCAAGCCACCUAAGUUUGUACACCGUAUGCCACGUUCCAUUAAUGAUUUGAAACAUUGGAAAGCAUCCGAAUUAAAAUGUUUUGCUUUUUAUUACACAAUACCAAUAUUUGAAGGCAUUAUGCGUCCUGAUUAUUUUCAACAUUUGUUAAAAUUGAUUAUUGGUCUAUUCAUCUUAAGUUGUGAUGUAAUUAGUGAUGCUACAAUCGAAGUAGCUCGUGAUCUUUUAAAUUGUUUCGUUCGGGAUUUUGAACAGUUGUAUGGGUUAAGGUAUUGCUCUAUAAAUACACAUUUAUUGAUACAUUUACCUGACUCCGUAAAAACUUUAGGGACCCUUGUGGGCUCAUACGUGUUAUGAAUCUGAGGACUUGAAUGGACAACUAUUAAAAGCUAUUUCAUGGAACAUGGCAUAUAGAUACUCAACUAGCACGAUCUCAAAGUCAAUUUCUAACUAUGACAAGGCUUAUUGAUUUAUCACAAAAUGAAAAAUGUGCGUCAUUUUUGCCAGGAAAAAAAUACAAGCCAAAAUUUUGGAUCAAAUAUCCGACCACUGUUACAGUGUUGGUAAUUAUGAAGAACUAUAAAAUGAUGACAUACCACAAAUUAUUAUCGAUGCAUUGCAACAAAGUGGACUGUUAAAUAAUAAUAUGUUAAUAAAGCAGUAUUUUAGACUCAUGAAAUGUAACAAAUUAUAUAUAUCAGAAAUGUACAAGGACAAUUUAAAGACGUCAUCUUCAAUGGUGCAAUAUUUGGAAAAUAACCAACUCCGAUUUGGUUUGAUUUAUUGUUUUAUACAAUGGACACAUUGUAUUUGUUUCCAAAAUAUCUGUAAUUGCCCUAAACAUCAUUUUGCUAUUAUCCGUGAAACUAUCGGUAAUGAUGUAUUUGUAGCUAAUGGAGAUCGUUUCUUAUAUGACAGUAGAUCAUUCUUACAAAAAUGCACUGAAAUUGAUUAUGUUAGAGCUAUCUCAGUUGAAUUACUUACUACACCAUGCUUUUAUAUUAAAAUUGAUAAUCAACAAUUUGUAGCAGUUCCUAUAAACAGUAAAGAACGUGAAUAAAUUACAAUAUGUAAGCGAAGUGAUUAAAAUUUUGUUAAUAAAUUUAAUUUUAUUUUUAUCAGCUAAAUAAACAAUACUAAAAUAUUUUUCAUAAAAAGAUUCACAAUUUAAAUA